CACAACAAACAAAUCAAACAUGGCGCGCGUUUACGACGCUUCUCGUAGAAUUUUGAUUUUUUCUUUUCCUUUCAUAGUAUUAUUAUGUUCGACAAUAGAUUUUGCUAGUGCAAACAAAGAACUAAAUGAAAACAACUGGAAAGAAAUCCUCGAAGGAGAAUGGAUGCUCGAAUUCUACGCCCCGUGGUGUCCAGCGUGCAAUGCUCUAGCGCCAGCUUGGAAGGAGCUCUCUACACGAGCUGCCAAAAACUCUCUCCCUCUACGUACUGCUGCAGUUGACGUCACUAACUCGCCUGGUUUAAGUGGAAGAUUUGUUGUUACCGCACUGCCUACUAUUUUCCAUGUGAAAGAUGGCGAGUUUCGUCAGUACAAGGGUCCACGUGAUGUAGAAUCCAUGCUGACCUUUGUUGAGAACAAAAAGUGGAAGCAAACCGAUCCCAUCCCGGGAUGGAAGGCACCUGACUCACUGCAAAUGUCCUUGGUUGCUGAGUUCUUCAAGAUGAGUCAAGCACUUCGGGGUGUCCACAAUAUGCUUAUGGAAGCAUACGGGUUACCAUCAUGGGGUUCGUACCUUAUAUUCGCCAUUGCCACAAUAUUCGUCGGUGCUCUAGUCGGAUUGAUUUUAGUCUGCGUGAUUGACUUCCUGCAUCCACCUCAGAAAGUCGACAAGAAGUUCAUAUCGAGAUCUGAACUGGAGAAGCUAGCACGUGGCGACAACGAUGGCAAGAAAUCUGAUGAUGAACAGGAGCUGAUCAAUGAUGACAUUCUGGAUGACGCUGAAAACUCUCCCAACAGUGACGCUGAGAAGAACUCUCCCAGCGAUACUUCCGAAGAUGAGAACGAGAAGACAUCCGAAGCGGCCGGAGACAGUAAGCCAGCGGACAAGGACUCCAGCGACAAACCAGAGGCUCGGAAACGCAGACCAAGGAAGGCUGACUGAAGUAACGCCGCACCACCAGAGAGCGACUUACGAACACUUACUAACUAGCUGCUUGCGGUUCCAUAUCUAAUAUCUUACUUGCAAUUUAAUAGUUGCGAGGCUUAUGAAUAAUAUACUAGGCAGUUUAUAUCGACGCUUGAAAGGCAAACGUGACUAAUAAAAAAGAGUAUUAAGCAGUAGGCAGCGGCUUGGCUCUGCUCCUGGCAUUGCUGAAGUCCAUG